UGGGGGCCCCUGGAAGGCAAUUUUUCAAUGCCAUUUCGAGGCAAGAAUUAAGGGUAAAAUGUCUACCAACAGUGCUCAACAUGAGAGAUGAAUUUUAUAAUUUUUAUAAUGUUCACUUUCAGGGGCCCAUGUGUAGGUGGGGGCCCCUGGACUGCAGCCAUAUCUAGCCACCUUGUUAAUGCAGCCCUGACUAUAGUUUGUUUUAUUAUUUGUCUGAAUUACAAGUCUGAAUGAUGCAUGUCAUCCACACAAGAUCAUGUACAUUAUAUGAAUGCAUGUUUUCAGGGAGCCAAUCCACCUUUGACUGCUGCUGAAAAGCAGCGGCGCUAUCGUGCACGGCGCGAUGCUGACCCAGAACGGAGGGCAAAAUACUUAAAGCAGGAAAAUGAGAGGUAUAGGGAGGACCUAGAGUCAGGCAGGAAGAAACCCAUCAAAGACGUCAGUGCCAGAGAGAGACGGAGUCGACGCAAGAAGUGGAGGGAGACGUAUCAUAGACUCAAAGACAGGAAAGCCCUGAGCGCAGAGCUAGCAGAUCCUGAGCUAGCAGAUCCUGUGCCAAGUAUUUCCAGGCAACGAGUCCAUGGAAAGAAGAGAACGAAGAAAACGAUGACCAAUCUACGCAAAGAAAACAAAGAAUUAAGAGCCAAACUAGCAAAAGAAACCAAAAAGAAAGAAUCGUACAAAAAACGACUUCAACGCCUGAAACACCAAGGGGCAUCUCCCCAAACAACAGCACGUGAAACAUUGGAUCAGCACUCAAGUACAGGCACCAAGAAAACCCUUUUGUUUCACAAGGCCCUUGUCGAUUCCAUCAAAAACAAAUACAAAAAGGCUAAGGGGGAGAAAGAAAAGCAACUCAUUGCAAGAGUAGUAACCGGGAAUAGUCUGCUGAAACAGUACAGGGUGCAACACCUGGCACAAGAUGCAUUGGGCUUUUCAAAAAAAAGGUGGAAAGCUCCCAACCCAUCUGGCUUAGCUUAUCAAAGGAAGAGGAACAGAAGGAUCUCACCUGACCUCGUCAAUAGAGUCAGAUCAUUCUUCAAAAGAGAUGAUGUCAGUCGUAUGACCACUGGAAAAAGGCAGACCAUAACGAAGAACAAAAAUAAAAUGCAGAAACGAUUUCUACAGGACAGCAUGAAGAAUUUGCACUUGAAGUUUUUAUCGGAAGAAGAGCAUGUCAUUUCAUACUCAUUAUUCUGUAGGCUCCGCCCCUUCUGGAUUGUUCAUCCCACCCUAAGUGAUAGGGACACAUGCAUGUGUAAAACCCAUGAAAAUCUGGAUUUCAUGCUGCAAAAACUUCAGCAUCUCAAAGUGGUCAACAGUGGCAAUGCAGAGGCCCUCGUGAGGGAAAUCGCAUGCGACACUAACAAAAUUGAGUGCAUGUAUGGAGACUGUACCGUCUGCAAGGACCUCUCCUGUCCAGUUUCAGAAGAGUACAGUGCUGAGAGCAAGGUCACCUUUCUCCAAUGGGCAGUGGUGGAGAAGGAGCACAAAAACGACCCACUGUCAAAGUCUAAAGUCACACUGAAGCAAGAGAGCGAAACCACACAGAAUGAGCUCCUGGAAAAAUUCAAUGACCACUUGCAGCGAUUCAAACGGCACUUAUUUAAUAUAAGGCAUCAGUUCUCUCACUAUAGGGCUCUAAAGAGCCAAAUGAAAGCACAUGAGUGCUUGAUUCACAUUGAUUUUUCGGAGAACUACCUGUGCAAGUACAGUGCAGAGAUACAGGCUGUCCAUUUUGGAGCAUCACAUCAACAAGCAUGUCUACACACUGGUGUGCUGUACCUGAGCACAACUCCCCAACCCAUCUCCUUUUGCACCAUCUCUCCAUCGAGGCAGAAGGGCCCAGCUGCCAUAUGGCAGUACAUGGCUCCAGUGUUCGACUACAUUCAAAAACAUCACCCUGACAUCACAACUGUGCACUUUUACAGUGACGGUCCAUGCACCCAGUACAAACAGCGAGGCAACUUCUUUUUGUUCACAACUGAGCUGUUCAGAAGGGGCUUUUGUGCUGGGACGUGGAAUUUUUUUGAGGCAAGUCACGGGAAGGGAGCCCCAGACGGGGUUGGUGGAGCCUUGAAGCGAACCGCUGACAGCUUAGUCAGCAAAGGAGUGGAUAUACCUGAUGCAGCUGUGCUCUUUUCUGAGUUGCAGAAGACAGGAUCAAAAGUGCAGUGCUUUUUUGUUGAUGAGCAGACAGUAGACCAAGCAAUAGCAAAAAUGCCACAAGAUCUUCCUGCAGUUCCGUCGACCAUGAGGCUGCACCAGGUCGUCACCGUGGCCCCCGGCGAGAUGAUGUACAGGAAUGUCAGCUGCAUCUGCACGACAAUGCAAAACCUGACCUGUGAGUGCUUCAAUCCCAAGCCAUUCACCUUUAAGAAGCAGAACAUGACAUCCACCGAACCCUCACUGCUCCCGCAACCUCAGUGGCAAGAUCCAGAAGUUGUAGGAAAAUGGUGUGUUGUGAGGUAUGAGGGAGACCUGUACCCUGGAAUUGUCACAGAUACCAGUGAGACACAUGUUGAGGUCCGGUGCAUGCAAAAGAUUGGCCAGAACAGAUAUUUCUGGCCAGCUCGAGAAGACAUCCUCUGGUAUCUUUUUGAGGAUAUUGUUUGCCAUAUACCCCCUCCGAAGCCAGUGACAGGCCGUCACAUGGAAAUUGACAAAGAAACCUGGGCCAAACUAGAACUAGCCUUAUCCUAAAACCAAUCGAGAGAGACAGACACACUAAAGCUACAAGCACCAAAGGCACUCUGAAUUUAAAAAGAGUGGUGGCCCACUCCAAGGCACUCUGAAUUUAAAGUUUAAAGUUUAUAAGUCCUUUUAUUUAAAUGGGACAUCUCUCUCUCUCUCUCUCUCUCUCUCUCUCUCUCUCUCUCUCUCUCUCUCUCUCUCUCUCCAUGUUUGUUUCAUGGUGCAUACCCAAUUAUCCUAUUCUCUAUACGCAAUUAUCUACUCAUUCUCAAAUUUGUAUUAUGUUAUGUUUUGUUAUGUAAUAUGAAAUGUUCAAAACAAUGUCCAAUUCUCAUUCCAGUUACCGAAAACUCAUUCCUGUUACUCAUAACUCUUUCCUGUUACUUAAUGAUUUCUAACAAAAAAUAAAGAAAAAAAACACUUUUCCUCUAACUAUGUUUGGUCCAUGAUUAAUGUUAUUGUUAAAUAAUAUGCAUUAUAUAAACCAUAUUGUAAAUUACAGUUUGGAUAAUCUGUAAUUGUAAAAAAACGUUUUCCGUUUAUAGAAAAAAAUCCAUUUGCUCACAUAUAAUGUUAAUUUUGGAGACAUAUAUGCAUUUUAGGGACAAAACAACAGUCAAUACUUAAAAUAACAUGUGUUUUCAAGAGGAAAACAAAAGAAAUGGUUUAUUUUCCAUUAAAAAGUCUUUUUAAAAUAUCAUAUGUAUUUUGGUAACAGGACUGAGAAUUACAUAUUCAGAUUAAUUCUUUAAGUCUUGUAAAAAAAACAUUUAAAAGGCUAUAAGAUGGCCCACUAACAUUUUUAAGUAAGUUAAUGUAUGUACAAGUACAUUUAGUGUUUAAAAAUUGAAAAAAGGUAACUUGAAUUUUGAAAACUUUUGACAUGCAAA